GUUGGUUAAACGAGACAGAACUUUGAACGAACACGCAACACAGAGACUACUGUAAUAUUUUUUUUCUUUUUGCUUACCAAAACUCAAGCACAAACCUCUGAAAAGCCAUGUCAGGUAAACCAGAUGAGGCUAGCCGCAUGAUGGCUGAGGACAACCUAAAAUUCCGUGGGAAUAAGUCAUCUACGAUUUCAAAGAGUAGGAUCAUUUUCAUCGUCCUUGUCGUCGUUGCAGUCGUGUUUCUAAUCAUAGGAAUUGUGCUGAUUGCUCUGGCGUCCAAAAGGAAAGGUUGCGAUGAUCAUGAAAAAGAAGGAAAGCAUCCUGGGCGACCGGGCGAGCAGACCUUAACAUCUUUUUGUGAAUACUCCGAGGAAGCCAAACGGAUUGGGCUGAACGAGAUUCUGCAGCGUGCGAAGAAGAGCUAUUACAAGAAUAACCCCUUCCAGAUGCCGAAUGAUCCUGAAGCGACCCGAGACGAGAUCAAGAAGAUGUACACAGCUUACAACCCAAAACCAGAAUACAUUAAAAAUGUCACCGACGCUGCUCGGGAGCUACUAAAAGAGGUCAACGAAACAAAAGUAGAUACUAACAAGCUUAAACCUCGGGAGAGGAAAGCUCUAUCACAGCUCAAGCAUUUUCUUAAGACAGUGUUCGGUCAGCCCUAUGACAUGAACUAUUACACCGGACACUGGAUGAUGGGGCCAACAUUUUUUUGUUACAAACAAGCGAUCUGCAAUGGUGGUAGACAUUUGUCUUCCAUGCUGAAGAGAUUGAAGCCUGAAAACUUGGAAGACGUGAAACUGAUUGAAGAGAAGCUGAAAAGUCACAAAGAAGGUAUUUUGCAGUACAAGAAAAAUGUCAUGAUGGGAAAAUUCCAUGGAAUGGUAUACAAUCAAGAGGCAUGCGUAGGAUCAGCGAAUGCAAUAAGGUCGUUAAAUCUGCAAAUCGCUAUGAAGAACGAAACAGGUGAGCUUUCGAUAACAGAUUGAUGCUUCGAUUAUCAUUUUUUACCAUAGAAUUGAUGAUACGCUUUCUCAUCAUAAAACCAUAGAUUUCUAGAGCUCUAGUGACUAAGUUUUCUUACAGUGUAAACAUACAGUUUGGGUGAAGUGAAGCAUGAAGUUGUAUUGCGUUAGUCCUGUUGUUAUUCUAUGAAUACUAAAGUAUGCCAUCGCGGUUAGCCGUGCUGCGGGUUGUUUUGCAAUUAUGGGGAGCUAAUAUAAUCCUACAGGAGUUUUUAAGGAAAGUAGAAGUGUAAACAAUAAGCCCUUUAAAACUUGAAAUCUCAGCUGUAUAUUGCGUCUUUUUUUCUUUCUAUAAGUUAUAUUAAGACCAAAGAAUUUCACCCGUGAUCGCUCGGGCAGAACUGACCAAUUUCUUUGUACCACUUGUGACGUCAUCAGUUGUAAUGUUCAACAAGGAAGUGGCUUUUUUUUAAUCAUGCACGCGAUUCGGGCAAAUAAAACUAGAGAUACUCAAAAGGAAAUUUACAUACGAGAAUGAUACGAGGAGGAAAGAAGGCAUUUCCUUUAUUGCACCAGGAAUCAAAGCUAAGCCAACGUAGUGCUAGACUUCAAUUAUGGGAUGGCUUCAAUUGGCGUUGUUAGGAAAAAGUAUCCAAGAGCAAAUGGGUUAAACCUAUGAAUGGAAAUCGAAAACACUGAUCCGUCUGGAACACAUGGUGUUUUUAAUGACUAUGCAAAAUUCAUCUCUCUCUGACCCGGUAUAAUAUAAAAUUAAAAUGCGUCCAAAUUUCAUGGCAUUUUGUUUUUCAAAGGUGUCUUAGAAGAAGAGUACUUACGAAAAGUCCUCGACGAAGGUUACUUCUCCAACAUAACAAAAGAAAUGAAUACAACAUGGAAAAAGGAACAUGGUGGUAAAUCUGUCAAGGAAUCUUUAGACGAUUAUCUCGUGGAAUAUUUCGGAAAACCUAUGAGUCAGCUACUCAGGUAGUACGGUAUUUCUUUCAGCUCUAUUUACCCCCUCCCACCUCUCCGGGAGAAAACUCAGCUUGCAAGAUUAAAUAUAAUGCAGCGAAAAAAAAAGUUCGGCCCCAAUAAUCAAACCUCUGACCAGCCAACCUCUCUAAUGAGCUUGAAGACCAGAAACUCAGUUGGCGAUUCGGUUAUUUAAACAUGCAUGUAUACAAUUUUUUAGUCAGUACAUAUUUCGCUAGCAAACAAGAUACCUGACAGCAGCAACUUUCCAAUUCGGAAGUGUUUUCGUAAAGAAAGAGUAUAUUGCCUGGAGCUGACGACUUUGGGCUCUAAACCAUCACGGCUACGCCCUUGUUUUCGCGUUGUCCCAUUUCACAUCAGCUGUGCAAUGCGAAUUCAAGCUCAAACGCAGGUCCAAGCGCCGACGCCAAAAAAUAGAAAAUUUUCCUUUUUCUGCGUCGUUGCUUGUCCUAGCUCAAGACACGUGGGAUGGCUUCUGCUUGUGCUUCUCUUACGGUUGCAUUUGCGUCGUUCAUAUGAUUGAACAAGUUCUUAGUUCUGAAUUUUUUCAAUGAGCAAAAGUUAUCACUAUUUUCACAGAUAUCUUGAGCAAGAUCAUCAGCGUCAUUGUGUUCCAAGUAACGUGUCCAGCGGAUUAGCCACCCUACCAUUGAAUCAUGUCUGGGUUGAUGGCAAAGAAAAUAAGUCUUGGCCUACCAACAAAAAGCUACCGACUGGUGAAAUGUUGGAUGGUAAAAUGGCGUACUCCGAGAUAAUGGCAUAUUUCACUACUAAUGAAAUGACGCCGGAUGAUGUCAACAAAUUAGGAAAAGAGCAGUUGAAAAAGCUUUAUCCACAGGUGAGCACGAGAUGAAGAUAUUUAUAUAUGCAAUUUGUUGAUUAUUUCUUGCUGUAAAUGUAAAAGUUAUACAAGUACAGUGGAACCUCGAUUUAACAAAGUGCCGGGGGACUGGGGAAAUUUGUUCGUUUUAUCGAGGGUUCGUUACAUGGAACACAUCAUUCAUUUGUAACUUCAUCUACGAGUUGUCCUACGCGUGCAUUGCCUAAGUCACUUGUCUGAUUUGUGAAAGCUAGGAUAACAGACCUUUUUACCGAUACGGCGGCCAUAUUGAAGUUAUUAGAUUUUAGGAGUAUUAUCCGUGGUAUGCCCAGGGAGGCACUCGCUCAGUGUUUACACGCGCUUUUCGGGCAAAAAGAGAACUUCACUGUAUAUUUCUCGGGAAAUAGGCGAUCAUUAUUACAUCCAAACACAGCACAACGAUCUUUUUUUUCCCAUUACAAACUUUUUCUAGGAAAAUUUAAAGGCAAAUUGGCCCAAAAGGCGUGGGUAAAUACUGAGCAUCCCAUAAUGCUCGUUAAAUCUAACUAAUUCAAUCUGGCCGCCGUAUCGUAAAAAGGUCUAUUACUCUGGUUAUGCAUGCGCAAUUUACUAGUGGUUCAAGUUAACAGUUGUAACUAUGUAUUUUUUCUCCUGUUCUUCCCUAGGCAGUGGAAGCAGCAAAGAAUGUUACUGGCAAAAGCAAUGAAACAGAAGCCAUUAGGGAAUUCCGGGAGUUGCUGGAUUCACCGGAUAAUUACUUUAAUAAAGUACCUUUUCCUCCAAAUGAGUCAGAUGCCCAGGCGCAUGCGCGAUGCAGCACUAUUGAGGGAGCCAAGAAAUAUUGUCCCAUGAGAUGGAAGGCCAUUCAAGGAUGGUUUAAUGAGGCUAGAAUGGUAAAAGUUGCAAGCGCUGUUUCCUUGGCUACACGAUCUCCUUUUCAACACAGAGCAGUCGCCAUUUUUUUCAAUUUUAGUGCAGCCGAAAUAUCCCACUAUGCUUAUUGUUCCAGUCCUAAAUCAAAACUUUUACAAAGAGAGGAAAAAAUUGACGUUAAUUUGUGAUAGCUUGCGAUCAGCUGGAAAUCCUACCUUAAAAUAACAGUUCUUGUUGCAUCUAUAACUCUGUCUGACCGUUGGCUCAAAUAAUGUCGCCCCUCAGGCUCCGAUGCAGUUGGCCCUUUCGUGAAUGGUGGCUGCCAUUUUUAAGACACUUAGACAAUUUUUGACCUAUUAGUGAGUGUUACUAUUAAAAAGAAAGAAAAUUGCUACCCACGGUCGAACCCGGGCUUUUCGUAUUCUAAUCUCUCUCCUAAACUUCAACGUCGGUGUUUUUAAGACAACUCAAAAACCUAUUAUUUGCCUCACCUUGUAACUUAACUUGAUCCAGAGAAUAUAUUACAUCUAUCAUGACCUAAGGCUUGGUUUCCAGUGGUGGCAUUGACCGUUAAAUAUGACAACCGUUUAGGCAGUUCCGAUUGCUGCGGACUAUUUUGGAUCGGACACUUAACCUUAGAAAAUUCUGAUCUGGAAAGCAGCGAUAAGUAGAUUUUGGUUUUCAUUGUUCAAAUCUGUUCUUUUUCAGGCAAUGAGCUUGCUAUACCCCAAAAUAGUUGACAUGUUUUACUUCGCUGGGGACAAGCACUCGACACCAAACUGCCCAAUUGACUUAAGGCCAGACUUUAACCCCUCCAACGCCGCUCAGAGCUACCAACGAAGCGAUCCGAUGUGUUUGACGACUGCGUAUUAUAACAUUCCGUUCUUCUUGAGCAAGCUAGGCCCUAAGUCUUCCGAGUGGACCAUAGGAGCACACGAAGCUCGACCGGGACAUCAUCUGCAGGUACUGAGCGAAAUCCUAAGAAAUAACUUCUAAAAAGGCCUGAUUAGUCGGUGGUAUAACUCAUGAAUUAAAUGGAUAUUUCCUUUUCGUGGUUAAAAACACCUAGAAUUGCAUGCUCAUGAUACAUCAUGAAAUGUCCCCCAACCCCAAUUGUGGUAAGGCAUUUGGUUUCAUCGAUUAUUCCACACUACUUCGUGAAGUGUUUUCAGUUUUAUAACAGGCUCUCUUUCUGGAUGAAUGUCUCUCCGAAUGGUGCUCUGUCACACACCUGGAGCAAUAAUGUUACCAUAUAAACAGCUACAAAGUUAAUGCGGUCCACUGUUUUCAAUAAACAAUAUGGUUUAUGACCACAGAGCGCGUCGCAAUGAAAAAUGACUAACUGUCACAUUCCCCAAAGUCUUCUAACUUAGAGCAGUGCGCCCUUUGCUUUCUCAAUGCUCAGAAAUGUAUGAAAAAAAAAUACUGCUUUCAGAGACCAGAGAUUCCGUCGGUGGUAACCUGGACCUUCAGGCAGCCUAAAUAUCGCGGACAUCCAAAUUCUCCAGACUCAUCUCCAUACAAGAAUCAAUUAAUCAAUCAAAUUGAAUCAAUUCAAUCAAUUAAUUAAUUGAUUAAUCAAUUAAUUAAUUAAUUAAUUAAUUAAUUAAAGAGUCAAUUAAGAGAAUUUGCUUAAUGGUCAAAUUAUUAGCUAGGUGAUCAUUUUAUUGAUAGACAUUACCUUUUCUCUUAAUCUUAUAUUAUUAUUAUUGUUAGGAGACUAAGUGAAUUUAUGUUGGCCAAUCAGCCCAAUCAGUACUUAAAGCCAAACACUUACAAUUAUUCAAUUUAGAGACAAGGGAGUCUGGAGCAUUUCCAAGACACUUGUGGCGGUGUGAUUGGUUGGUUAGAUUCCAUCUCAUACUACACAGCCUUCACUGAAGGCUGGGCUCUGUACGCUGAAAAUCCCCUGAUAUCAAAUGACACGGAUGUAUAUGAUGAAGAACCAAUGAGGAAAUACGGAAUGCUGAAAUGGCAGGCAAGUAUAACUUUAAAACGACACCUCAGUUUUGUUGCAGCAUAGCAGCCUGCAUGGCUGUUUGCAUUCUGCGUCCCUCGACAGUUCCUACAAAAUUAAGGCUAUUCUUGGCUCCUUGCCGCAAAGCCUUGGUCUUAGCCAGGAGACAAAUUGCUUCCACAAUUGUAUUUCUUUUUCUUUAAUUUGUUAAUUGAUUCCUAUAGAAGCUGAAUUAAAGUCAAAUGUCUAAAUAUGAAUAAAAUACACGGAUAAAUGUAUAGAAUCAUCCAUUUCUACUGUCAGCCAGGUGACAGUGCCUGGGGAUUUGAGAACCGAUUCCAUGCUAAGACAGGCCUCUCUAUAGUUUCAAUGUAGCCAGGUUCGCGCCAAAAAUAGUGCGAGUCGCUUCCAGGGAGAAAAAUAGUCUAUUCCUUUUUUUCUAUUAUCUAGAUCUGGCGGGCCGUGAGGCUCAUUGUGGACACAGGACUGCACUAUAAGGGAAUGAAGAGAGACGAAGCUAUCAAUAUGUUUAGGAAUAAAGCUUGGGAUAACACUGACUUCACUGAUAAAGAGGUAGGAACACAAUGAUGAUGAUGAUGACGAUUAAGAUAGUGAUGGUGGUGGUGGUGGUGGUGGUGAUAAUGAUGAUAAUGAUGAUCACAGUAACUGCCAUGACGACUACAAGGAUCAGGGAUGUAUAAUAGUGAAUUUAAAGAUCGUGACCCUAAUAAAAAAAAACAUGUUAGAUUGACGAUGACUACGAUGAUCACGAAGUCUUAGGUUUAUUUAUAAUGGCAAAAGUAAAUGCCUGUAUUUGGCUGGCAUUCGAAUUGCUAUUUGCGGACAGCAAACCGUGAACUUCUCAUGUCCAUUUUCGACCACCAAAUCUACAGCAGUGGUGAAGAAGGGCGCGGCCAUGGACACUUUCACCGAGCGUACAGAUUUACCAGGGGUUCUAUUCCUCGCUGGAGAGCCUUCUUUUUUGCAUGGUUUGUUACAUCCUGCUACUUCUUUUCAAAUUUAAAACCACUUAAGUCAAUCCCAAGAUCCUCCUUGCUGGAUUUCCACAGCUUGUUCUUUUGUUUUGUUUUUGUUUUUGUUUUUGUUUUUGUCCCCUCACUGCACCAAGAGAUCACUCUGAAAACUGUACGCUCAUCCCUUUAUCUUUUUUUAACAGGUAACUCGUUACCAGGGCUGGCCGGGACAGGCAACAGCCUACAUGGUUGGUAGGCUAGGAAUUCUACACUCCAGAAAGCAUGCAACCAAAGAAUUGGGUAAACAAUUCAGCCUCAAGGAUUUCCAUUACCAGGUAUAGUAACUUUGGCUUAGACAAUAUAAUAUUCACGUCUAAAGCGUUUCCAGGCUACACUCGCGUAAGCUUUUAAAUGACGGAUGGAUAAAUUCACCUUAUCAACUCAAAUGAUGAAACUAUACAGCAGGUAUUUAGCCUCUGCUAUACGUCACCUUAAAUUUAGAUGGCAUCAGGGGAUCUUAGACCAAAGCUAUCGAUUCUGCUCUCACAAUGAACAAUAGUUCAUGAAGUAUGCAUGAUAUCAGUUCUGAGAAAUAGGCCAAUUUUGAAUUAUUAAAAUCCAUACUUGGCUCCGAGGCUGAAGAAUCCUGUGUAGCCGGCAGGAUACCCUGACAUUUCAGACUAGAUCGUUAGCCUGAGAAAAGUUUUGGUAGAGGAGUUGCGAUGUCGUGGGGAGAAUGGGGAGUAGAUGCCUUUCUCGAGCCCUCGGCGGGAAAGCCGCGAGAAUGGCGACUUCUCUCACCUGCGCAAGAACAAUUCCGCCAGCUACACAGGCUGAGGAAAAAGAAAUCGCAUUGAGAUUCAUGAAAGAAAAAUUCAUUUCUUUCCUUUUAUUUCCCGUCUCAAUUCGGCCUGGAAUUUUGACAAUUCCAAAGUGACCUUUGUCGCCUAAUAUUUGUAGGUUCUGUCUCAAGGAUCGUCACCCCUUGCUUUCCUUGAGGAGCACAUCAAUAAUUAUGUCGAGUGCGUUAAGAAACCCGACAAAGAAGGAUGUUCCGUUAUCUUAAAACCUUCCAAGAGAACUGCUUCCAAGAGUAAAGAAAAGAAACCUGGCAUUCAGUUGAAUUUUGAAGGCAGCAGGCAUUACGUAUAGGGCAAUCAAGAUCCAAAGGGGUUUUUGAUAUAUUACUAGUACUAAAUAUAGGGAGCUUAAGCAACGCUGGGGAUGACGACGGCAACGAAAACGGCAAAAAAGCAAUAGAUAAGCAAGCAACACUUUUGUACGUGAAUCACCCUUUUUUGUACGUUUCUUUUCCGUCCUUGCACGACCACGACCUGAAAUCGCCCAAUUUCUACGUUUUGUGGAGGACGUGAACACCGGAAAACGAUUUCCUUCUCUUUUUUGAAGUUUGAUUCAGCCUUUAGUAUUUAACCUCAGAAAAAAUUCACCAAUAUUUGACAGAUUGAACGACGAGGAAUAAGAGCGAUUGAAUUUUAAAACAGUGUAAAUUAACUUCAACUUUAAUGGACGUUUUCGCCAUCGUCGUAGUCGUCGUCAUCGUUGCUUAAGCUCCCCACUGUCUGUUAAAGUCAAUGAACCCCCAUAGACACUAUUAACGAAUUGAUCUUAAAAGGUCGCUUCUGUUAGUUAUAAAUUGCAUUUUCUAUGUCUUGUUAUCAGGUCCUUGACUAGUUUAUAGACGUAAUCAACGCAGCUGCCUAGCUGAAACGUUUUAAAGUUUGUUGUUUGUGCCUCACGAAAAAAUGUAUCUUUAAGAUGGUUAUACAUAGAAAGUAAGAAGGUAAAAGUAAGUUUGAGAAAACAGGAGACAUUUGGCGACGCUACCAUUGGCUUCCCCGCCAAAUGACGUCUGAGAAACGAG